UGAAACGGGUUCGGGUGGGUCGGCGUUUAUAUAAUGCGCUGCCGCUGCUUCUUUGUUGCCAUCCACAGGAUCUCGAAGGCCUCCUUUUUUGGCAAAGGACUCAUCACGGGGGAAGAAGAUCCUGUUCUCUCCUUCCUGUUAGCUGUCCGUGUUCUUCCUCACGGGGUAGAGCUUGGUGCCUCUGAUGGCUUAGGAAGUCUCUGUGGAUGUUGCAGGAGAUGGAUCCGGUGGAGAGGUUGACCUCAGGGUUCGAGCGCUUCAAGAAGGAGGUCUACGAGAACGAUCCCACUUUGUUCUCUCAACUCGCACAAGGUCAGAGCCCCAAGUUCUUGGUGUUUGCAUGUGCCGACUCGCGAGUGUGCCCGUCGGUGGUGCUCAGCUUCCAGCCUGGGGAAGCCUUCAUUGUCCGAAACAUCGCCAACAUGGUCCCUCCGUAUGAUCAGACAAGGUACUCGGGGGUUGGGGCUGCCGUCGAAUAUGCCGUCGUCCAUCUCAAGGUUGAGUACAUCGUGGUGAUCGGUCACAGCCGUUGCGGUGGAAUCAAGGGGCUGAUGUCCAUGAAAGAAGACGGCACCACCAGCAGUGACUUCAUAGAGGAGUGGAUGAAGAUUUGCUUACCAGCAAUGGAGAAGGUGAAGGCCGAGCACUCGGGCUUGCCUUUUACGGAUCAAUGCACCCAAUGCGAGAAGGAAGCGGUGAACAUCUCCCUGGAGAACCUGAAGACUUAUCCCUUCGUCACGGAAGAGGUGGAGAAGAACACGUUGAAGCUGAUUGGGGCACACUACGAUUUCGUUGCCGGUAGUUUCGGGACUUGGGAGAUAUGAAGCAGCGUUCCGAAGCCCGGCUCUGAUGGCGAAGCGGAAGCCAUGGAAUAAAGCUGUGGGUCUCUCUCUUAAAAUGAGAAUAGUUUGCUUAUGAUGUAUUGCAUGGGUUUCGUUCCCCUAAUAAAGGGUUUCUUUGUCUUCUUUAA